AUGUCCACUCGCACCCCGCGGAGAUCAGAUGAUAGGAGCCAAGAUACACGAGCCUCCGGCACGCCGCCUGGCAAGUUCCAGUACCGGUUGAUUGAGGACGUCGAAGACCUGCACCCAUACCGCCCCGGCGGCUAUCUUCCGUUACAGGUCGGGGGUAGCUUAGCGGAUGGCCGAUACCAGCUGGUCGGCAAGCUUGGGCACGGGGGCUACUCGACCAUCUGGCUGGCCCGGGACUGCCACGCAGCCCGAUACGUCGCUGCGAAGGUCCUCACCGCGGACGCCAGCAGCCACUCCCAUGAAGUUAGGGUGUUACGUUCGCUGGGCAGUGCGGUGUCUCGUCCCGGGAAGGAAGUUCUCCCGCCCCUCUUGGAUGAGUUCUGGGUGGCCGGGUGCAAUGGUCGGCAUCGGUGUGUGGUGACGCCGCCGGCGCGGAUGAGCUUGUUCGAUGCUAAGGAGGCUUCGGUGUCCGGGGUGUUUCGGCCCCGGGUCGCGCAGUCGAUGGUCGCCCAGCUCAUUCGGGGCGUCGCCUUCCUCCACGGUUUGGGGUUUGUCCAUGGCGAUCUGCAUCUAGGUAAUAUUCUUGUUCAGUUUCCCCGCUCCAUUGACAGUAUCUCCCCCUCAGAGCUGUACGAGAGAUACGGCGACCCCGAGUCGGAGGAUGUGGUUCGUCUCGAUGGCCACCCUUUGGCGGAGGGUGGCGUCCCCCCGCGGGUUUUUUGGGCUGGGUGGUACGGCGUGCGCUGUGAGGACCUCCCUCUCGGCGAGGCAGCGAUCACGCUCAGCGACUUUGGGGAAUCGUUUGCGCCGUGCGAAACGGUGAGGACCGCCUCCAAAACCCUGCCGCUUCUUCAGCCGCCCCGGCGAGAUUCUCCGACGAGCCGCUUUCCUUCGCCGUCGAUGUUUGGGGUCUGGUGUGUUGUGUUUGGGAGAUUCUCGGGCAACGGCCGCUGUUUGAGACGUGACGGAGGACGAGAGGGCGGCGCUGAUGGAGAUGCUGCGCGCGAUGUUGGCGUUUCGGCCGGAGGAGACGACAGGCUCUGCAGUCUCGGUGGAUGA